AUGAAACCCCUGCUCCUGGCUCUUUCAAUGCUUGUGCUCCUACCCCAAGUGAUCCCAGCCUAGAGUGGUGAAAAAAAAUGCUGGAACAAAUCAGGGCACUGCAGGAAACAAUGCAAAGAUGGAGAAGCAGUGAGGGAAACAUGCAAAAAUCUUCGAGCCUGCUGCGUUCCAUCCAAUGAAGACCACAGGCAAAUUCCUACGACAUCUUCCACACCCUUGAACGAUUCCUCACCAGGAAUUAUGGAUGAUGUCGCAACAAUAAUGUUCACUACGGACUACUUUGAAGUAAGCAGCAAGAAAGACGUGGCUGAAGAGUCUGAGUCAGGAUGAGGAACUCAGACCUCUCUCCCAAAUGUUCACCAUAGCUCAUGACUUCCUCUCGGAUGUCACUCGCUCCUGUCCUCAGAGUGUUGAACUAAGUCACAUAUA